AUGAUGCGACGCGUCUUUGCGGGUCUUCGUUGCCUCGUGGCGCUGCCGUCUCUCGGCGAUCCGGCGGGGCGCUGCUCGGCGCGUGCCGUCGCCUCGUACCCGUCGCCCGGCUCCUCCCGCGGCGCCGCCAGGAGCGGCCGCAAGAAGUACAACUUUCUCAACAGCAAGCGCCUCGUGGAGACCGAAAAGGGGCUGCGCAGCCGCCGCGCGAUCCGUAUGCGUGACGACGUUUUUUUUCACCGCCGCGUUCGGUUCCGCGAGGCGAUUAACCAAUCCAUUGAGAAGGAGAUCCGCUACUUCCCCGAGAAUGUGAAGCAGUACGUGUUUUUCAAGAAUAAGGCGGAGAACUCCUCGGCGAACGGGUUCCACGGGAUGCGGAAGGCCCCUGGCUGCGUCCACCGCCGCAUCCUCCACCUCGUUGAGGAUGCCAUCUUGAAGCCCGAGCACCGCGGCCACCUGCUGGAGCUGAUCGAGGGCACAGGCACGCUGCCGCCGACGGCGGAGGAGUGGGCGCGCUACACGGACGAAACGGGGCGAAUUACAAUCAACGUGUACCACCACCACUUCGUAGAGCAAUACCUGCGUUCCUUCUGCACGGGGAAGAAGUGUCUCGAGUCCCACAGGCCAUUGCAGGCGUUUUUGAUGCUGAAUCGAAACAAUUUUGACGUCUGUCCUCCUCUGCGGACGUGGUCGCUGCGCCAGGGGCCUGUUCGCGACGAGGAACUCGUGGAACGUGGCACGCAAAUGGAGGUGCGUGACAUAAUAGCGGAGUUGACGGCGUUUCAGCGCUCCAACGUGAUGCAGGCGUAUGAGAAGCUAACACCGAAGGAGAAGGAGGCCUUGGUGGAGGAGGCGGAAAGCAAGCGCGAGGCGCUGCGCCACGAGUACGAGCGCGAGCGUCUCUUUGGGUCAAAGUUGAUGUGCGGUGUCACGGCGCUAAAGGAGGUGCGCUCCAUGACGAGUCCUGCGAUCACCUAUUACAACGAGGAGUACUACAAGUAUGUCAUUCGCUGCGGGGGCUCGGCUGAGGCGACGCUGCGGCGCUCAAAGGACGAGGUGCCAAGCUGGUUCACGCUUGCGAAGGAGGUAAGGACGAAAUACUACUGCUUUGGGACGCACAAUGAGAUGCACCCCGUCAGCGGGGCACACCUCUACAUUCGCUACUGUUCUCGGGACUACGGCAUGAGCCGAGAGCAAUCGAUGGAGCGCUGGUCGGAGCUGUCGGAUCUGCAGAAGGCGGCACUUAACUUUUGUUUCUAUGCCCCCAUCUCUGCGCCACGUCGCUCCAGCACGGCGUUCCGUCGCUUUUACUACAAGCAAUGCCAUCGCCACGGUCUUGUGAUGACGGGGAAGGCCUGCAGCAACCACGCCUUCCUCAAACGCGUGCGCAGGAUAUGGAUGAGCAUGAGUGCGGACGAGCGUGCACAGUACGAGGAGACGGAGUCGUUCUCCUCUGUCUUCCCACUGCAACCGUCGUCGUCUUUGGCGUCCACUGUGAAAGGAGGCAAGGCUGCCGCCACACCAAGUACGCUUGAGCCACCUCCUGCCGCCCCCUCAGCCAGCACUACGGUAGUAGCAGCGCAAGCGCGGCGGGGGGUGCGGACGCCUGUUACUAUCAGCGCAAUGCGCCGUGCAGAGGAGGAGAACAUGGGUGAGGAAGAGGACGACAUGUUUUACUUUAACGACGAGAUUAUAAGCGACGAUGUACCUCAACAGGAGACGCAAAAGUAUGCGGCAAAGCCGCUUUCACACACAAAGUUGCCAGCACUAAAGGAGAAACAUGUUGUUUUUACCAUUUAG